CCCGAGACAGAAUCCAUGGCCCUCUGGAAACCAAUAUCCAUCUCAGAGACGACAGCAUCCAUGGCCCUCUGGAAACCAGUAGUUGUCUUGUUGCUGGCCUGUGUGUCCUGGCAACGGGGAGCUACGGAGGACCUCCGCAGUUUCAAGGAUCAGCUCAGUGACUGUCUGGAGGACAAGGACUACCAGGAGCUUCUGGACAUCAGUAUCCAUGGCCUCCCCCCUGCCCAGACCCCUCGGCACGUGGUGGUCGUGGGCGCCGGCAUGGCCGGCCUGACCGCUGCCAAACUGCUGCAGGACGCGGGACACCAGGUGACGUUGCUGGAGGCUAGCGGGAGGGUGGGGGGGAGGGUGGAGACCUACAGACACCCGACAGACGACUGGUAUUCUGAACUGGGAUCCAUGAGGAUCCCCAGCUCCCACCAGAUUGUGCUGUACUACGCUAAGAUGCUGGGUGUGAAACUGCGUCCAUUUGUGAUGUAUGACCCCAACACCUUCUACCUGGUCAAUGGGCAGCGUGUGAAGACCGGGGCAGCAGACAAAAACCCCGCCCUCCUCAAAUACAACCUCCCCCAUAGGGGGAAGGCCCUGUCGGCUGAUCAGCUGCUGGAUCAGGCCUUGAAGACGGUGAAAGACACAGUGAGACAUGAAGGAUGUGAGGCUGCCCUUAAGAAAUAUGACCAGUAUUCGGUCAAGGGUUAUUUGGUUCAAGUGGCUAACCUGAGUCCUGAGGAGAUAAGGAUGAUAGGAGACCUGCUGAAUGAGAACAGCCUGAUGUACACUGCCCUGACCGAGAUGCUCUACGAUCAAUCAGAUAUCAACGACCAAACUGAGUAUUUCGAGGUGGUGGAUGGCUCAGAUCGUCUCCCUCAAGCCUUGAAUAACGUCCUUGUUAACCCCGCCCAGCUAAAUUCUCCGGUGAAACAAAUCAACCACUCGGACACUGGCGUCGAUGUAUUUUACCUGAAGGGUAAAGACUCAGUUCAGACCAAGCUGUCUGCUGACGCAGUCCUGGUCACGACCACAGCCAAGGCGGCUGCUUCAGAGUUUGACCCCCCACUGACCCCAGGAAAGAGGCAUGCACUGAGCAGCGUUCACUACGACAGCUCCACCAAGAUCAUCCUCACCUUCAGCCGAAGGUUCUGGGAGGAUGAUGGCAUCAAGGGGGGCAAGAGCAUCACAGACCGUCCCUCUCGCUUCAUCUACUACCCCAGUCACAGCUUCCCCCAGAACCCAGACAUCGGCGUGCUGCUGGCCUCCUACACCUGGUCUGAUGAAGCUCUGCUCUUCCAGGGCCUGGGGGAUGAGGAGCUGAAGGAGGUGGCCCUGAAGGACCUGGAGCUCAUCCACGGGGAGCAGGUCUGGGACCUGUGCACGGGGGUGGUGGUGAAGAAGUGGAGCUCUGACCCCUACAGCCUGGGAGCCUACGCCAUGUUCACUCCCUACCAGCAUACUGAAAUCGCCUCUGAGCUCUUCCAGUCCCAGGGCAGGGUUCACUUCGCUGGGGAACACACCGGCUUCAGUCACGCCUGGAUUGAAACAGCCAUGAAGACGGCCAUCAGAGCUGCCAAGAACAUCAACCACCAGCUUCAAGACGGCUUCAUAUCCACUGAUAGAGAAGAGCUCUGACUCCAACACCAAGCUUCAAGACAGCUUCAUGUCUGCCACUAGAGGAGAUCUCAAACUCUAACACCCCAGCAUUAUUUUGUUAUUAAUCACAUAUAUUGAAGCCUGAGAAGAUAGUACCUUCAUGCUAGCAGUACUAGCUCUUUAUUUGCAUGUGUAAGCCUUUAGAACAAAUCUAAAACUAAAUUGGUGUCUGCUAUGAACUCUAAAGGUAAUGAUAAUCUGAGACUGCAGCCUACAUGCAGGUGGUUAGUGAGGUCCCCCCUUCACUGUAGGCGUCUUUGAGUGUUAUUACUUAUUAUUACUCUUCAUGUUUAACCUCUGUUUUUCUUCUAUUCCUAGUCUGUUUUACAUAGUUUUGAAUGAUGACUAUAUGCUCUGUAAGGUGACCUUGGGUGUCUUGAAAGGCGCCUCUAAAUUAAAUUUAUUAUUAUUAUUACAUGCAUGCAAUAUCCUAGCUAUGCACCCAUUACAUCACCUUUCCAAGUCAAGCUCAAAAGCCAAGUUUUGCGUGCGCCAAAAAAGAUUCAGACUUAUAAAACCCUGCGUAAAUCACA